AUGGUGAAGAAAGAUUUACAUGCUGUUAGAGUAUUGGGUCCAGUGGACGAUACACCAUUGUUUCCCCCUUCAAAGACUACUACAAGUGAUAUCUUAUCAACUGGAGCUUUAGAAUUUGUUGUUCUUUUACAUAGAACUUUUAAUGGAAGACGUAAAGAAUUACUGAAUAAUCGUAUCAGUUUCCAAGAUAAAUUAGAUUCUGGCAAAGUAACAUUUGAUUUUUUACCAGAAACAGAGAUUAUCAGAACUGAUCCAACUUGGCAAGGUGCGAUUCUUGCACCAGGUUUAAUCAAUAGAUCUACUGAAAUUACUGGUCCUCCAUUAAGAAAUAUGUUAAUUAAUGCUCUUAAUGCUGAUGUUAAUACCUAUAUGACGGAUUUUGAGGAUUCAUUAUCUCCAACUUGGUUAAAUAUUGUUUAUGGUCAAGUUAAUUUAUAUGAUGCCAUUCGUGACAAUAUCAAUUUUGUUAGUGAAAAUGGUAAACCAUAUAAAUUAAAAAAUCAAUUUAAAAAUUUAUCCACAAUUAUUGUAAGACCAAGAGGUUGGCAUUUAGAAGAAAAACAUUUAUUAAUUGACGGAGAGCCAAUUAGUGCUUCAAUUUUUGAUUUUGGUCUAUAUUUUUACCAUAAUGCUAAAAAAUUGAUUGAACUCGGUAAAGGACCUUAUUUUUAUUUACCAAAGAUGGAACAUCAUCUAGAAGCAAAAUUAUGGAAUGAUAUUUUUAAUGUUGCGCAAGAUUAUCUUGAAAUUCCAAGAGGCACAAUUCGUGCAACUGUUUUGAUAGAAACUUUACCUGCAGCUUUCCAAAUGGAGGAAAUUAUCUUCCAGUUAAGACAUCACUCCAGUGGAUUAAAUUGUGGUCGUUGGGAUUAUAUCUUUUCAACAAUAAAAAAAUUGAAAAAUUUGGGUCCUCAAUAUAUUUUACCAGAUAGGGAUCGGGUUACAAUGACGUCCCCUUUCAUGGACGCCUACGUUAGACUGUUAAUCAAUACCUGUCAUCGUCGUGGUGUUCAUGCUAUGGGUGGAAUGGCAGCACAAAUUCCAAUAAAGGAUGAUCCAAAGGUUAAUACACAAGCAAUGGACAAAGUUCGUAAUGAUAAGAUUAGAGAAUUGACGAAAGGUCACGACGGUUCGUGGAUUGCUCAUCCAAAUUUGGCAGUAAUUUGUAACGAGGUCUUCAUAAAUAUGGGAACACCAAAUCAAAUAUUUAACAUUCCAACUAAUAUUAAUUUCAAUACAAUUUCUAAAGAAUUACUGAAUACAAAGAUUGAAAAUAGUGAGAUUACAUUGGACGGUAUAAAACAAAAUUUAGAUAUCGGUUUGCGUUACAUGGAAGCAUGGUUAAGAGGCUCUGGCUGUACGCCAAUCAAUAAUUUGAUGGAAGAUGCAGCAACAGCCGAAGUUUCCCGCUGUCAAUUGUAUCAAUGGGUCAAAUAUAAAGUUAAGUUAAAUGAUACAGGUGAAACUGUGACUCCGCAACUAACAUCUGGCUUAUUACAUGAAAUGGUUGAAAAAUUAGCCAAAGAAUCUCCAUGUGGUCCAGAUAAUAAAUUCAAAAUAGCUGGUAAGUUCCUGUUACCUGAAAUCACUGGCAAGCAUUUCAGUGAUUUCCUAACAAGUUUACUGUAUGAUGAAAUAUUAAAGAUCGAAGAAGAGGGUACGAACGUCAGAACAGUGAGCAAACUAUAA